AUGAAUGAGUUAAUCCGCGAGGUAGAGGCUCGAGGGCAUAGUGGCGGCAUAUGGAUUCUUGCCCCACUCAGCAGAGCCUUUGAUGUGGUUUUCAUGGAGGAGUGUGACCAAGCUAUAUCUGUUAACGUCAAUAUUAAUGGAAAGAGAUGGAUGUUGUCAGCUCUGUACGCAAGCCCAAACCCUAUCAAGCGGCUUGAACUCUGGUACUAUCUGUCGGGCUUGAGGGGUCGUUGCACGCUCCCUUGGUUGGCGCUGGGAGAUUUGAACGAGGUCUGUUCCCCUUCGGAGGUGAUCGGUGGUGAUUUCUCCACAUCGCGAGCCACAAAUAUGUUGAAUAUGAUGGAGGAAUGUAACUUUAUUGACUUGGGCUUCACGGGACCAAAGUUUACCUGGGAACGCCGUGUGAAUGGGAGACGGAUAGUUGCAAAAAGAUUGGAUAGGGCACUCGGGGAUGUAGCUUGGCGAAUGAUGUAUUCUGAGGCAUACGUUGAACACUUGGCUAGAGUGUAUUCUGAUCACUCUCCCUUGAUUGUCAGGCUACAUACACCGAACGGGGAUCGGGCCACUCGACCCUUUCGGUUCCAAGCGGCUUGGGCAACACACCCCUCAUUCGAACCAUUGGUGGAGCACUCUUGGCAACAUCAGCAGCAAACCGUGCCUGAGAGGCUUCGUAAGGUGCAAGAAGCGGCGAGUGACUUUAACAGAACGGUGUUUGGUAAUAUUCACAAGCGGAAAAGAAGGGUAGAAAGGCGACUUUUGGGAAUCCAGCGAGAAAUGGAUUGGAGAGGUUCAGAAGCUCUAGUUAGAUGGGAGAGGAACCUUCAGAAAGAGUAUGGGGAUAUUUUGUAUCAGGAGGAGAUGUUGUGGUACCAAAAAUCCAGGGAGAACUGGGUCAGGUUUGGGGACCGUAACACUAAAUUCUUUCAUGCUCAGACAAUAGUGCGACGCAAAAGGAAUAAGAUUCAUGGGCUCUUUGUGGAGGAUGGAAGUUGGUGCACGGACCCAGCCUUGCUCCAAGAGGAGGCGCGCAGGUUUUUUAUUAACUUGUUUGCUAAUGAUGUGCAGGUACGAAGAAACCAUAUUAUGGAGAACCAAACACCUACUAUAUCAUUGGCGGCUCGUGACUUGCUAAACGCACCAGUUUCCUUGGAGGAGGUACGGAGCGCUAUUAUGUCCAUGCAUUCCUUUAAAGCGCCUGGAGUGGAUGGCUUCCAAGCUUUUUUCUACAAAAAAUAUUGGCACAUCCUGGGAGAGGAUAUUCAUUAUAUGGUGGCCUCAGCGUUUCAGAAUGGCGGAGCUGAUCCUGAGUUACUUGAAACUCUCCUCGUUCUUAUCCCGAAGGUUGAUAACCCGGUACGCCUCAAGGAGAUGAGACCAAUCAGCUUAUGUAAUGUCUCCUAUAAGAUAAUUACUAAGGUCUUGGUCAAUAGAAUUCGGCCUCUCCUUCAUGAUCUAGUGCACCCGCUGCAAGGUAGCUUCAUUCCUGGCCGAGGUACAAGAGAUAAUAUUAUUCUAGCUCAAGAGGUGAUGCACACCAUCCACACUCAGAAGAAGGGACGUGGUCUUGUAGCCAUAAAGAUUGAUUUGGAGAAAGCUUAUGAUAGAGUCAGUUGGGACUUUCUACGAGCCACACUCUAUGACUUUGGAUUUCCACCUCGACUUGUGGAUCUAAUCAUGUGGGGAGUGAAAUGUCCUAAACUAUCUAUCCUAUGGAAUGGCUCCAAGCUUCCCUCUUUCGCUCCUCAGAGAGGGCUUAGGCAAGGAGACCCACUUUCCCCAUAUUUGUUUGUCCUUUGUAUGGAGAGAUUAGCGAUUCAGAUUCAGAAGUUGGUAACACAGGGUACUUGGAAACCGGUGCGGAUAACCAAGGAUGGCGUGGGCAUCUCUCACCUAUUCUUUGCGGAUGAUGUAUUGUUGUUUUGCCAAGCCUCCAAGGAGCAACUACAACUGGUUAAUAACACCUUGAAGGAGUUUUGUGAAGCAUCAGGAAUGAAGGUAAAUCUUGAUAAGUCAAGAAUGCUUUUUUCGAAAGCUGUGGACCAUCGGAGGCAAAUAAAUCUCUCUCAUAUUGCUGGUAUCUCUAGAGCUAGUGAUCUGGGGAAGUAUCUUGGAAUCCCUCUACUCAAGGGUCGAGUAACAAAAGCGCACUUUGCUUUUCUAAUUGGUAAGAUGAGUUCAAGAAUGACAUCUUGGAAGAAUAACCUUCUUAAUCGAGCAGGACGGGUAUGUCUAGCAAAAUCAGUCCUCACCUCUAUACCUGUACAUGCUAUGCAGUCCCUUUGGUUACCUGAUUCAGUUUGUGAUCAUUUGGACAAACUGGUCCGCAAGUGUGUGUGGGGGAGAGGGGAUAAUGCUAGAAGUUGGAAUUUAGUGUCUUGGACAGAAUUAACCAAGCCAAAGGGCAGAGGAGGGCUAGGAAUCAGAGGUGCGAGAGCGAACAAUGAGGCUUUAUUGGGGAAGCUAGUUCAUAGCAUGCUGAAUGAGCGUGACAAACUCUGGGUACAAUGUUUAAGCACGAAAUACUUGCACUCUGGCUCAAUUCUAGCAGAACCGCAAAGACUAGGCACAUCAUAUGUCUGGCGUGGCAUCCUGAAGGCUCGAGACGCCGUAGCUCAAGGGUUUGGUGUGAAAUUGGGAGCUGGAACUUCAUCCUUGUGGUACUCAAACUGGCUGGGCACAGGGACACUUGCAAGCAGGUUACCGUUCGUUCACAUUACGGAUACACCACUUACGGUAGCAGAUGUGUGGCGUGAGGGACAGUGGAAUCUUGAUGUUCUUUACACAAUGAUACCUGAUGCCAUCAAGGAGGAAAUUCAUGGGAUUCCUAUACCUACCACAAGAACAGGAGACGAAAACAUACUUUGGCGCGAGGCACCAGAUGGUCGUUACACCACUAGCUCAGCAUAUAACUGGUUAAUUGAUGAUGAUAGUCAUGACUCUCGGUUCUGGAAAAUCCUUUGGCGGGCGCAUGCCCCAGAGCGGGUACGGUUCUUUCUAUGGCUCGCAGGAAAAGAAGCUCUACCUACAAACAGUAAGCGCUUUCGCUGCCACCUUGCGCCCUCGGCAACGUGUAUGAGAUGUGGAGCUAGCACUGAAGACGUUGAGCAUGUCCUUCGCAGAUGUCCUGGUGCGGCGUGGGUUUGGAGCAGGUUUACCGGAACAAUCACGGGGGUCCCAGCAGCCAUGCACUUUCGGGGGUGGCUCUUUGCACACUUACAAGUGAACCAGAAUGCCUUGUUUUGUGCCAUAGUGUGGAACCUUUGGAAGUGGAGGAAUAGUUUUGUCUUUGAUCAAGCACCAUGGACGCAUGGAGAGGUUUUGCAACGGAUACAACGUGAUGUGCAAGAGUUUCACCGAUGGGGAAAGACUACGACAAGAACAUCUGCUUCAGCCUCAGCUGUCCUUGGGAGUGAUUGUGUGCUACUCCACACUGAUGGCAGCUGGCGGGGGGAUAUCGACAACAUGGGUGGUGGCGGGGUUCUCCGAGACAGACAUGGUCGAUGGCUCUCAGGUUUCUCCAUGGCUUUGGGGACUGGAAAUGCGUUCCAGGCGGAACUCGCAGCGCUCCACCGAGGGCUAGUUCACACCUGGGAACUUGGACACCGGACGAUUAUUUGCCAUGUGGAUUGCUUGGUAUUACAGCAAGUGAUACUCAACAAUAGUGAUGUGCAAGAUCACUGGCAUGGCCAGGAAAUCAGCAUGGUUAGAGCCUUGCUUGCUAGGGAUUGGGAUGUCACGCUUAGUUAUGUGCCCCGGGAUCGGAAUGUGGUUGCGGAUGCACUGGCAAAGCUUGCGGUUCAGGAAGGCUGGGAUUGGAAAGUUUGGAGCCUCCCCCCGACAUCGGUGGUGCCUUUACUUUGCCAUGAUAUAGUUUCUUAG